CCAUUGAAUUUGGACACUCGAGUUAAAGCGAGGGCUGGAUCAGUGUUCAGCCACUUUUCAGGAAACAAUGUGCAGGCCUAACAUCAUCAUGCAUUUGCUGUGCACGGUUGUCUUCGGACUGAUUGUCGGCACCCCUUCUGGCGCAGCCCCGCUAGGGGUUUUUCUUUCCGGGCUGCAGUCUCCCCUCAGUGGAUCAAGCAGGAACAAGCUACUACUCAUCUCUUUCGAUGGCUUCCGCUGGGAUUACGACCGAGACGUGGACACUCCGAAUCUGGAUCAAAUGGCCAAGGAUGGCGUAAGAGCAGAGUAUGUCACACCACCGUUUCUCACCAUCACCAGCCCCACACACUUCACCCUGCUUACAGGUCGUUAUAUCGAAAAUCAUGGAGUGAUCCACAACAUGUGGUUCAACACGACCACUCAGGAGAAGAAGCAGUACUACAUGACACAGUUUGUUGAUUCCUAUUGGGACAAUGGUAGCUUGCCCAUCUGGAUAACAGCACAGAGACAGGGACUGAAAGCUGGCUCAUUCCAUUUUCCCGGCACAGCUGCAACGUACAAAGGAGAACUUGUGAAGGUGAAAGAAGUGGAACCUCGUUUCUAUGACUAUUCAAACGAGACCGAAUGGAGGCAGAACAUCGACAAGGUGAUCGGAGAGUGGUUCCACCAACAGGAUCUGGACUUUGUCUCUUUGUAUUUUGGGGAACCAGACAAGGUUGGCCACAAAUAUGGACCGAAUUCCCCAGAACGGAAGGAAAUGGUCCAACAAGUGGAUCGUACUGUGGGCUACAUCCGGGACAAGAUCCAGCAGCACGGUUUAACCGAGCGACUCAACAUCAUCAUUACUGCUGAUCACGGGAUGACCACAGUCUUGCGGGGUGAGCAAGUUCAGGAGAUCAUCCUGUCCAAGAUCCCGGGCUUUAGCUUCAGAGAUAUCAAAUUCCAUCUUGUGGAUUAUGGCCCUGCUGGAAUGUUGCUUCCUAAAGAAGGGAAGCUGGAGAAGGUUUACCAGGCUCUAAAGGGAGGUCACCCUCGUCUUCACGUGUAUAAGAAAGAGGAAAUGCCAGAAAGGUUGCAUUACAGUAAUCACCCUCGACUACUUCCCAUCAUCCUUUUUGCCGAUCCUGGAUAUGUCAUCAAUGGGCUUUUUCCUGUGCAGUUUCACAAAGGAGAGCACGGCUUUGACAAUCAAGUUCUGGACAUGAAGCCUUUCUUUAGGGCAGUGGGGCCUGAUUUCAAGGACAACCUGGUGGUUGGACCCUUCGAGACGGUCAAUGUGUACCCACUCAUGUGUCAUCUGCUGGGAAUAAAGCCAGAGGUCAAUGAUGGGCAUCUAAUGAAUACCAAGCCUAUGCUGAAAAAGACAGAAGAGCACAACGGUCAAAAACGCACUACUUGGUCACAAAUUGUCACUGGCUUAUCAGCGGCCACUGGGUUUCUGGCAUUGGUGUUUGUCGCAGUUACCUCCCGCACCUUGUAUAAAAGGAACUCGGCAAGAAAGAGUUCCAAACAGAGGAUGGCUGCUGAUGAGGAGGAAGACAGCAAGCAAACGAGUUUUUGAUGAAGCGCAUGUACAUCUGUGUUUUCCUUGAUUUUACUUUUGUACAUUUUUUGCAUUGCAUGAAUUGCACAGAUUUGUUUUUUUGCAUGCGUCCAAGAUGUGUUUCCUGCACAUGAAUGUCACGGCGGCGGGAUUAUAGUUUGUAGAUUU